UUGAUAGUGUCUGGCACUUGGCAGGGUGAAAUUCCAUGUCGGAGCUCAUCUCCCACUCAGCUGACAGAUUGAGAUCCUGUUGUAGCUGGUCCUGGUCAGAUCUGUUGGCGAUCGUCAUAUACACUGCUGUGUCAUCUGCGAACAGUCUUGCCUGUGAUGUCAGUUUCUCGGGUAGGUCAUUAAUGUAUUCUAGGAACAAACAGCGAUCAAAGAAGAACAGUGUCCACUUAAUUUCAUACUGUAUAUUUAGCCUUGUCCUCUGCAUUAGAACACUGAAAUAUUUUAGCAAUAACCUCAAAAAAUAUUUGAAGUAAAUAUGCCAAUAUAGUGAAUACAAUAUUAAGAAAGAAAAUUGUAAAAUCUCUGUGGCAAUAAAGUUGAGAAAUUGGCAAAUGCCACACACUAUGCCGAAUAUCCACAGUCCCACUAUAGAGGCCACUAUGUAAAUUAGGUUCGACAGCACUUUGGACUGAAUAAAAAUCCCGGUGGGCCUGAGAUGUUUUGACCACCUGGGGCACUUCUGUCGGUGAUAUUUGAUCGACCUGGUGCGCCUCUGGGUAGAUAUCGAUUUAUAACUAAAAUUCUUAAACAACUCCAGCUGUCAUCCUAAUAUUUUGUUUCAUUGUGGAUUAGAUUGUCCAUUUGUCGUUUGUGUUAUGAAUGUCUCAUUGCAAAGCAUAGACAUAGAGAUAUAUUUAUAGCUCUGUGUUGCAAAGUGAACUUUGAUCUUAGCUACAAACAAAUCCUCACAAAAAUAUCGAAGUCGUAUGGGGGCAGGACAGCUUUUGAUUUUGUCCCAGGCCGCUUGGGCGCUCCAGUCCAGGGGUUGGCAAACUGCAAUCCGGAUCCUACCCACGACUUUGGUGUAUCCGGCCCGCUUAGCUAAUAUUGAUUUUGAAGCCAUGAUUAUUUAUAUCAAAUGCGCAUAAUAUCUAUGCAACAACGGGGUGGCAUUUUUAAUGGUGUAGAUAAAUCAACUGAUUAGAACAAUUUGGAUUGGACAAACAGUAAGAACGUCUCAAAAUAUAUUAUGGUACAACAUAUGCGUUAAACGGAAAGGCUAUGUUCCUCAAAUGAACAAGACAUUCCUAAGUGUUGGCUGUUCGAAGGUUAUGGUACCUUAUUUCUUUUUUUGGCUGCGGGGGGGGGGGGGGGGGGGGGGUGAUAACUUGAAAUAUCCCGUGUGAAAGAAUCGUCAUUCCCGCGCUGCUGUCUUCUUUUAUUUUUCAUUCCCGACGUACCCUAUCAUACAUCUGUCAAAAAUAAGAUCUGAAUUUAUUUUUUUUAAAUUACAAGAUCCGUCCUAAAAUGUUACUUACAAAUAGCGAAUUAGCAUUUUCUGCAAAUUUGACUAAGGAGCCGUCCAUAAAGUACGUCACGCUCCAGAGAGGGGGGGGGGUGUAAGAAAGUGUGACAGUUUGUGACAGAGGGGUUCAGGCCAUGUGUGACGUCACAUAUUUAAAAAAAAAAAUUUAUUUCUAAUUUAUUUUUAUUUUUUUUUAGUAGAAUUUAAUAGCUUUAAAAAAAAAUUUCUAAAAUUUUGUGAAACAUUUAAUUAGUUUUAUGUCAAGAUAGCAUGAAAUGCGUAUCUGAUGAAUGUGUUGUUCACGAUUCCUCUCGCUAGGAGCGCUAGGAUGCUGUUGCGAAGCCCUGUUUUAUGUAUAGCCUUGCCGAGAUCAACAGGAGUUUUCAAAGUACUACCAUAUGAUCUUUAUUGUCCAUCUUUGCAGACCAGCUUACUUGAUCGAAUUAGCAAAGUAUGUCACUUAUACUUUGCCUCACAAACAAUGUCAAAGAAACAUGCAGGUAAACACAUAGCUCGGGCUCGGGAGAAUGUGCCAACCCAAACGGUUCCAGAAUCAAAUCAGAUAAAACGCAUCCGUUCUUUGAGAAUCACUGCUAGAAGGCAAAGAGAACUCAUGGCAGUUAUUACCAGAAGAGAAGAUGCACAUUCAGAGGAUGUUGAGUGGCUAGAUGAGGAUGAAGUGGAUCUGUCUGCAAUUAUCCUUCCAGGAAACGAUGAUGGUGAAAGAUUGAUGUCAGUCGUAACUAUGGAUGAACACUUCACUUCACCAUGAUGGAUGAUGUCCAGUGAAUAUUUUUGAAUUAAACAUAAUUCACAGGCCAACAAUAAACAGAUUCAAUAUACCACAAGAGUUUGUCACAUAAUGUGUCAAUCUAGUCUUUUUUUUAGUCAAAUUGUUUUGUUUCCUUUUUAUUAUUUAAUCACUGGGUGAAGUCAAGUUUCGCUAAUCUACUUAUUAUCCUGUGUAAAAAGAUUGCAUAAUCGGAAAUUAUCUAAAACUUGACCUCACCUUUUGUAAAUGAAAAAGCAGCAGAUAAAUGAUGUGUAUUAUAUAAUUGUCUAGUCUAAUUUUUGCAAUUUUUGUUUUCAAAUUCAAUCUAGAUUGUAUUGCUGCUUCAACGAAUAACUGUGACAACUGUUGACAAUUAACUAUUCUACCAUUUAAGUAAUUUUAAUAAUGUGAUAGUUCUUUUAAGUGGAAAUUUUAUAUUUUAAUACAGUUUAAUAGUGAAGUGUGUUUUAGAUUAAAUUUUAAUUAGGUGUUAAUUUUUUUUAAAAAUUGUUCGAAAGUUUGACGUACUUGGGGGGGGGGGUUCCGAGAUUUGUGACAGGGGGAGGGGGGUAAAAUGGUCAAAAAUAGCGUGACGUACUUUAUGGACGGCCCCCUAAGCACUUCAAUGAAUUGAAUGACCAAUAAAUAAAUCCUUUAUAAAAUGUAAUAUCAAGCAAUGGGGUUGGGUUUAAAAUUUGACAAAACAUGCAUACAAAUAACGCAUUUUAUAAAAAUCCCAGUUAGUGCCCCACCCCCAAAACUUUUUGUAACCGCAAUUUUUUCAUGCAGCUGAACUAUAUUAAUAUUGAUGACCCACCAACUUUUACACUGCAGAUUCAUUUGUCCAAAAAAUUUAGAAAAACAAAAGAAAAUAUUACGCAUCAAACGCACUUGCGAUACUUUAAAAGAAAAAGAAUCUCAUUUAAUGCAGUUAUUGGGAAUUUUAUUUUAUCUCCCCUUGAAAAAAGGGAAAAAAUGAUUUCGGGGCGUUGGGGUGGGGUUGAAAAUUUGAAAGAAAAUGUUGUUAUCUGCAUCGAGUCUGUAUGCUAAGUUUCAGCCCGAUAGCUUGACUGGAAGUGGGUAAAUUAGCCGUCCAAAGAUUUUGACAGCCAUCCACGAAAAAUGCGAAGUUACUAUAAAGGAUAUAAAAAUAAAAUGCAUGUCUAUGAUAAGGCAGAGGAACUUAUUAUUAUUAGAAACCACACUUUUGAAAAACUAAAUCAUAUACCUAGGAUCUAUAUUAAAUGAAAGAAAUGAAUUACUAACAGAAAUAAAAAGAAAUAAAACAGGGAAUACUUCGGUAGUCAGAAAACACUCAAAAAUAAAAAUAUUACAAGAAAAACAAAGAAAACUACCGGUAUAUUAAAAAAAAAAAACUGUAAUCAGACCAGUUGUAACAUACAUAAGUGAAACUUAGACCCUAACAAAUGACGGCAGAAAGCGUUAAACGCAUGGGAGAGAAAGUUCUCCACAAAAUAUACGGACCAGCAAAGGAUGAAUAUAGAGGGAGAAUAAGAACCAAUCAGGAAUCGUAUAGUCUAUAUCAGGAUCGCACCCUAUUAUCAGAAAUGAAAGAAGGCAGGCUACGCUGAGCAUGACCCUUAGAAAGAAUCCCAAAUGACAGAGUAGUGAAGAGGGUGCACCACCAAAACCCCAGAGAAAAGCUGAUCAAAUGCAGACCAAGGACUAGAAUAGCGAUGGAUGGAUGAUAUAGAAAAAGAUCUACUGCAGCUGGGAAUCCAAGCAUGGAAAAGAAAAGCAUCAGUUAAGUCUGAGCGGAAGGAAGUGGUAAGGCAAGCCAAAGCCACAAAGCUGAAAUGCCAGAGGUAUGGAUGAAAAAAGAUGCAAGACAAACCCCACGUGAGUUUGCGCAAGGAAUAACAAAAAUUAAGAACUAAUUAAAGUUUACUCUAAAACACAUUUACUAUUUAACCAUAUUAUUUGUAAAUGUCAGAAUACAUUUGUCACAAAAGAAAGUUUACCACCACUCUCAACUUCAGCUAUUAUAUGUAUGUUAAAAAAUACAAAAUGUAUGACGUCACAUAUGAUCUUAAUUCCCUCCCCCAUGUCACACAUACUUAUACCCCAGCCCUUCUAUGUAGUCUACUUGUUCAUAUUCAGACGUUAUGACUCUAAAUUCAAACUUGAACACUAUUUGUUGGAUCGUUGGUAAUAUAUGGUAAUAAGGGGUGAGAUGAUGCAAUCAAGUUAAGUAAAAGGAACUCAGAGGGGGGGGGAAUAUGUGAAAAUCUGAAGGAAAAAAAAAGACACAACAAAACAACGAACGUGUCGACAAGGAGCCUUCUUCACCGAACAGUCAAUAAAAUAAUUAAACACUUAGUUGUAAUGUAGUAUCCGUCCUCUCUGCAACGUUCGUUGUUUUGUUGCGUUCUUUAUCAGGUCUUCCCCAUACUUUUUCUCAUUCAUUUCCUUCUUCCUAUAUAGCAGUGCUUUGCAACAUUUUCCCCUCGAUGACAUGGCUAGGCCUUUUCCAGAAUUUCACAAGUAAAAAAACAGAAAACUAUUGGAAACAUUUGGGGUGAACUUGUUUUACUGAGCACAUAUGUUUCAUAUUUAAUUCACUACCUGACGAGGCAAAUCGUAGUUCCCUAUUAUUCUAAUAAGCACUACCGCUUAUCUUUUAUGAUUUAAGUGAAGUUAAAUUUCAACGUUCCAUCAUUCGGACUAAUUCCUGAAUUCCGAAAAUUCCCGUUCAAUUGGGAGGGAUUUUUUUGGGGGGACCAUCAAUCAUUCAAUGGUUCCCAAUGAAGGCAGCAUUACUAGUUAGUCAUUUGACAUUUGAACUAAAUAAUCUUUUAUUCCUCAUCAAAACCAUCUACGAAAAUACUUUAUUUACACCUUUGAAUCCAAUGUUUUUUGAAGAUAUCAUACUUAUUAAAAAUAUAUUUAAAAAAUGAAAGGUCUGUAAUAACGUUAAAAUAACAAUUCGGAUGAAUUUGGCCUUCAGCGAUCUCAUUCUUGCAAACAGGCGAAUUCAUCAUCAUCGUGUCCCUUAGUCCUUUUGGGUGCCACAGAUGACGUGUGAACUAUCCUCCUCCAUUCGUCUCUGUCUUCUGCACUACGCACAGCAUCGCCCAGCGUUAGUCCUGUCCACUCUUUGAUGUUAUCCUCCCAUCUUUUUCUUUGUCUUCCGCUUCUCCUCCCUCCUCCUGUGGUGCCCUGCAAUAUUUCUUUGGCAAGCCCUUGUUUCCUUGUUACGUGGCCGUACCAUUGUAGUUUGCGUUUUUUCACAGUCACCAGGAGGUCAUCGUACUCCCCAAUUGCCUGGCGAACCCUUUCUUUCACUGCAUCAUUGGAGAUAUGGUCCCUAUACCAUAUGCCAAAAAUGAUUCUGAAGCAUCUAAUCUCCAUCGACUUUAUUUUCCUUUCAAGAUCUGCUGUUAAUGUCCAGGAUUCGCAGGCAUACAGGAAAAUGGAGAGGACUAAUGAGCGCAUCAGCCUGAUUUUGGUACUGGGGGCUAUAAUUUUGUCAUUCCAUAUUUUCUUGAGCCUCUCUAGUGUUGUUGUAGUCUGCACAAUCCUGGACAUCAGUUCGGGCUUUGAGCCUUCUUCUGAGACUAUUGCUCCUAGGUAUUUGAAGCGGCCUACAGUCUCUAGUAUUUCCUCCCCAGCCUUAAUUUCAGUGGUGAUGCCUGUGCUGUUUUUGUCAUCAGUUUUGUCUUUUUGGCACUGAUUAGUAUGCCGUAGGACGACGAGGUCUUGUCGAGACGCUUUACCAGAUCGGCUAGCUCUUCUUCGUUCCCAGCCAAUCCGCCUAUGUCGUCCGCAAAGCAUAGGUUGGUAAUUGUUACCAGGCUAAUUAAGAGUUUGAAUUAAAAAUAGCGGAGAAUUGUUGAACUUUUUUAGUGGAAAUGUUUACCCGGUAUUUUAUUUUCAAUAGCGGAUACAAUUUUAUUAUUAUUUUUUUAGGUUGGAGAGAAUUUAAUCACCAAAAUUAUUUUCACAACUUGAUAUAUAUUUAUAAUACAACAUUUCCGUAAAUACUGGAAAGGUGGGGACCCGUUAAAGCGGAGGCUCCGAGAGUAUUGUAUAAUAAAUAGUAUAAUUAUAAUAAUAAAUGAAUUAACCGGGUAUAUUUUAUUUGUCUGAUAGUAAUUUCUUUUCCGGACAGUCUGCUGAGUAACGGCGUAUAACGGUUAUUAGUUUGAACCCCGAGGAUAAGCUCAAUAGUAACAAUUUACAGACCACCAAGACAAGACUGAGGAGUUCACCCUAAGACUAGUGAAGACAGCUGUUAUAAAAGUGUGUUCUGAAGAGGGAGUAGUUAAGGGAGGGGGUCAUCAGGGUGUUCCGGGGGUGCCAAAAUGGUUAUUGAUGGUAUUUUAUUGAUGAAAAUAAUGAUUAAUGGCAUGGGACGAUGGGUCUCAGGCAGAGACAUAUAAUUAAGGGAAAAAAGGGGGGGGGGGGUGUAAAAAAAUAAAAAAUUACCCCCCCCCCCCCGUCUAAGUCUAAACACUGAAGCGAUGGGCCCCUAGCUAAGCUUCUAGUGUUCUGUGCUGCAAUUAAUCCUUAAUGACUUCCUUUUAACAUAAUAAAAAAUGCACAGCUAGCUGUCAGAUCCAUAUAAUAAAUUAAAAGCCUUAAAAUAAUUGCUCCAAACAUAAUUAUGCCAAAGAAAAUACUUACACAUUGCUUGCUCCAAGACACUUCUUAUGAAAGAGCUCCUAAAUGGAUACAAACUGUAAAACAAUAACCAGAGUUUCCAUUGUGUAAAUUGAAAUGUUUAUUUUUCUUCUUUUUACAGGAGACCUGAGGAGACUUAACAGCUUCACCAUAUAACUUAGCUGUAGCUGACGUAUGACAAUAAUGCAACUGUUUCAAUUCAUCUUUAUUAGAUAAUUAUAAAAAUCCAGCACAGUUUCUACUUAGAUAACAGUUUUCAAAUAUGGCAGGACAUGGUGUGAAACCAUCUCCAUUAAACCUAAAAGAUUUAAAACAUUUUGAUAAAAAUAUUUUACGGAAAACAGAGACUAUUGUAACAAAUCCUGAUGGAACACGUGUUGUAGAAGGAAAAGAUGCUCAAGGUAUUCCUUAUCGCAGACCAUCUGAUUCAAGCCUUCAUGGGUUUGUUGUUGACACGGAUGAAGAUUUGCAAGUAGCGGAAGUUAGACCUGGACUAAUUAUGGGUAUGUUUCAUAGAAUUUAUUUGAUCUGUGUGUCCAAAACAUAACUUUUACUUAAGCAUUGAUAAGAAGUAAUUUUCGCCACAUUUAACAACCGUUUCAUAUGUUCAUUUAGCUCUUCUGUAAGAAACAUGCUUUAAGAAAAAAAUUAUAGAGUCCAUAUACAGCAAAAUCUGACUUGUCAGAACCUUACAAUAGGGCUUAAGUUGCAUUUGAUCUUUGUUAACUUGUGUUAGUUUAUUGUCUUUACAGGCUCCCAAGAUGUGGCCCAUGACCUCGAUACACUGAAGCAAUAUGGUGUAACGCAUAUCCUCAAUGUGGCUUCAGGUGUUGAGAACAUGUUUCCUGACCAGUUCAAGUAUCAAACACAAGAAUUUAGAGACUUACCAGAGUUUCCAAUUGUCAAAGGUUUUCAACAGGCCAUAGAUUUCAUAGAUGAAGGGCGUAAAUCAAAUGGCUGUGUUCUUGUUCACUGUAAUGCUGGCAUAUCUAGAUCAGCUUCAAUUGUGAUGGCGUAUUUAAUUAAAAAUGAAGGGAUGACUGUCAAUGAAGCUUUUAGCCUGCUUCGUUCGAAAAGGCCAACUACCUGUCCAAAUCCAGGUUUUAUGAUACAGCUACACAAUUACCACGAAUCUCUCCACCCAAAGACUUCAUAAUAUAAACUGCUGCUUACAAACCCCUAAUGAUAUUAAAAAAAACUUAAAAUUUCAUUCAGAUUAUCUUUUAGGUUUUGAUUGAUCCCUCUGAUUUCUUGUAGUCAUGCAAUACCCACGUAUCAGAUUAAUGAAGAUGAGCUUGAAGUUUAGCCAUUGAAAGGUAUUAAACAAAUCUUAACAUUGCAACUUACAGCAAUUUUAAAUCGCAUACCGGUAUAAAAUAUUAUAAAAAUGGCUUCUAGAAGUAAAUUUAAUUUUUAAUGGUAAACUUUCUUCACAUAAUCUUUUGUAAUAAUUUGUGAUUUUUAAGAUUCUAAAUAUGCUCUAACACUAUGAUUUUGAUAAAUCUGUCCCUAUAAAUUAUAAACUUUGUCCUUUCUGGAAAUGAUGGUCUUGGGAUGUUAAGUUACAAGGUAACAAGUGCUUGUCAAAUGUCUGUGAAUUUGGCUUGCAAAAAAUGUCACUCUAUUGAAAUAAAGGUAUAGUUUUAGAAUACUAUUAUAAGUUAGAUUUCUUAAAUAUAUACCAUCCAUAUUUGCCAUCCCCAAUGUCUCUUUUGGUGAUUUUCAAAUCCUCAAAUAACAUCAGAUCUAAUUGUUUUUAAUGCUUAACUUUAAAAAACCAGUAUCUAAAAUUACUUUUGUAUGCUUUAAGUGCAGUGCUUUUUAAAAUUAAUUAGAUGAUUUAACCCCUUACAAAUUUUGUAAUAACCAAAUACCUCAUUGGCUUAUUAAUAAGUGAUAAAAUUAUAAUUGUGUUAACAGUCUAGCUUUACUUACAUUCUAAUUUUAAAGCAUCAAAUUUUACUGACUGAAUCUUUUAAAUUUAAACAAAAGGAAGUUAGAACUGUUACCAUAUCAUUAAUUGCAUCAUCAUUCAUUUUGUUUGCCAGUACUUUUAACCUUAAAUGUAUGUUUGAUUAACAUAAUUUGAUUGUUCUGGAGUGAUAUUUUGAUUAAUGUAUACUUGUCUCAAAGAGCAAUAAUGCUGUAACUGUAUGUCUUUAGUUAGCAUGCUAAUAAUGCAAGUCUUCCAGUUUAAAAGAAUUUGAAUUCAAUUAAUAUUGUUAGGGUUACUAGUGCAACUGUUUGUAAGGAUAUUUCAAACUCAUAUUGAAAGGGCCAUCCAGCAGCUAACACUGGAAAAUCUAGAUAAUUUGAAAGGCAUUGCAUGAAUUAUUUUAUUAAUGAUCUAACUUUAAAAAAACAUCUUAUUGUAUAAAAAAUGUAAAUAACAUCCUUAAGUUUGAUUUCUCACACCCUGUCUCAGAUCAGCAUUUAAAAAACCCAAAAUGAACCAUUUUAAAAAUUAAAACAUUCUUUUAACCAAUUUGGAGUUAAAUUAUCGUUUUAUACUUGAAGUUGAUUUUUUAACAUUUUUAUUCUAAUAUUAAUUUAAUAAUAUACAAAUGGCCUAAAUUCUAUUUAUGAUUUAAUUUUUGAAAAUGCACUUCUUUAAAUAAAGAUCCACAUAUUAUUAUAUUAUUGUAAUACCGUUUCAAAUGUGAUAUUAUCUCUCACUCAAACUUUUUAUACUUAAAUUAAUUUUGUUAACAUUUUUUCAUCAGUCUGUUCUUCAUUCCAUUAACUUUCUCUUUACUCAAUAAGAAAACAAUGUUAUUAUAAAUAAGCUUUCAUGGCAACAGUUGCAUUGUAAAUACUGUUGAAAGUAAUUCAACACUUAAUCUUCAUUAAUACAAAAAGUUAUUAGGUAAAAAAAUUUAGUUGCUUUUGUUACUUGCUAGAAAGUAGAUAAUAAAAGUGUUAACUAAUGCACUGGUUCUUUUUUCAAGGAUUUUAUAGCUGCCGUAAUGAAAUAGCUAAGAAGUUCACCAAUACAGGAUUGUAAUAUACAAAUUAACCUCAUUUAAUAUAAUUAUAUAUUAAAGACAAUUCCAAUAACAAAUCAACUUAUUUAAAUGGCGAUAGGGGCAUUUAUUUUUUAGAUGAUCUAUUUUAAGUAGAAUUUUGUUUAAACACACAUGUACAUUAUAUUUAUGUUUAAAAAAAUAUUCAUACAAAGGUUAGAUUGUGUAUUGGAAAAAUUAUAUUAUAAAUCAAAGUCCAUUUUAAUUAUACUGUAUAUCAUUCAAAAUCUUUUGAGUGUUUUUCUAAAACAUAAUUGUGGGUUACAACUAUUUUGAAAGCUUUUUAUUAAAAAAAUAAAUAAAUCCAAUGCAUUUCAAACCAUAUAUUUUCUCUCCUUUAACAUAAAUGUAAUCUUUGAAUUUAUGAAAAGAAAAAAAACCCAUUAAUAUUCCCAUGAUUUGUAUUUCUGGUGUAGUUUUGUUAUUUUGAGAGAUAUGUCAAAUGGAAAUAAAAGCAGUAUCGCUCUUAA